GUCAAGGGCUGAUGUCCCAGCUCUGAAAAAUGACUAGCCCUGCUUCAGGCAGAUGCAGGCUGGGGAAGGAGAUUCUCAGCAGCCAAAGACAAUACAGCUAGCUGAAAGUGGAAUCAAAGCCAGAGAGAACUUCGGCAAGCGUUGUGAGUCCUGAGCUCCUUUUUAGCCAAGAUGCCAUCUUAUGAACGUCUCCAUCCAGUGAAUGUCCUUGUGGGCCCCAAGAGGGAUCUGCAGAAAACGUUUCUGUGUUUUUUGAUGUUGCUUGUCAAUCAUUUGGAAUGUGGAGCUGAUGUAUCCUUGAGAGACCAGGCUCUGGAAUUAAUGAAGAGUUCGCGUUUAAUUGACGGACAUAAUGACCUGCCACUGAAGCUGAGAUGGUACUAUCAAAACAAGCUGAGUAAAGUUGACUUAAGGACGCUCAGCACCACAGGCACAAAUAUUCAGAAACUAACUGCUGGCCAUGUUGGUGCUCAGUUUUGGUCAGUAUAUGUUCUCUGCAGCGCACAGAACAAAGACGUUGUGCGUCUCACCCUGGAGCAAAUUGAUGUUGUCAAGAGGAUGUGCAAAUCCUACGAGGAAUUUGAGCUGGUGACGACUGCUCAAGGCAUUAAGAACAUUCCAAACAAUAAGAUAGCUUGCUUGAUUGGCAUCGAAGGGGGUCACUCCAUUGACAGCAGUCUUUCGGCUCUGCGGAUGUAUUACGAACUGGGCGUUCGGUACAUGGGACUGACACACACCUGCAACACGCCCUGGGCAGAAACGUCAUCAAAACAAGUACACAAUUUCUAUCCAGGCACGAAAGGCUUGACUGCUUUUGGCAAAGAAGUGGUGAAGGAGAUGAAUCGCUUGGGGAUGAUGAUCGACUUGUCGCAUGCUUCUGAUGCAACGGCUCGGGCUGUCCUCAGCACCUCCACAGCGCCAGUCAUUUUCAGCCAUUCCUCUGCCUUUUCGGUCUGCAACCAUUCGCGGAAUGUUCCCAAUGAUAUUCUACGACGUCUGAAAAAGAAUAACGGGAUUAUCAUGGUAUCAUUCUCAACUACAAUGUUGGCCUGCGGUGAUCAAAGAGUGAGCAUUUCCACUGUUGCAGAUCACUUUGACCACAUAAAGAAAAUGGCAGGCUCCAAAGCAAUAGGAAUUGGCAGUGACUAUGAAGGAGCAAAUCAAUUCCCUGAGGGGUUGGAGGACGUUUCAAAAUACCCGGCCUUGAUUGAAGAACUGCUGAGAAGGGGCUGGAACAAUGCAGAACUGCGUGGUGUUUUGAGAGACAAUAUUUUGCGUGUUCUCAAAGAGGUAGAAAAAGUGCAGGAGAGAAGUUCAGCAAUGAAUGUGAGUGAAGAAGAGAUUCCUCCUGAAAAGACCAUGCAUGCCUGUCGCUUAGACCUGAGACGUGCGCCCGCCGUGGCUUCCCACGGAGCACCUUUCUGGGGGCAGCUAAAGAGUGUAAUAGUCACUUUGGGGGUGUUUCUAGUGUUACACUGAGAGUGUCUCAUGCAACAGAACCAUGGCUCUACCCACCUGUUAUAUGCCUGCUGAGUAGUUCCGAUAGAGUGUGAAACACAACUGGAUGCUGCCGUCUACUCAAAUCGCCGCACCUGCUUCUUAAUUUUUACACUGAAAAGGAGAGACUGCAGCAUUGUCCACAUGACAUAUGUGCAUAUGGAGGAACCUGCACAGGAAGGGAACCCCCACCCCACCCCUAUGCUCAUUUGCCAAAACGUAAGCACCGACCUUGCAUUGUUCAGUCAGGGGGAUUGAGCCUUGAUAUGUACACUUCGUAAACACACAAUCUCUGUGCACACAUUGCAGGUGGGGGUGGUGCCAGCAUGCUUUGCCAGAUCCUAGGCAAAGCCAGGAUGCCAAAUGCUGCUCUCCCUCUAUAUGCACCGCCCUGUAUGCAUUGAAGUUAUUUAUACAAGGCUGCCAUUUGGACAACAAAGGGUGCAUUUUCCUUCCCGGUUGCCCUGCCCUAUCAUUCCACAAACUCAAUCCCUGCCAUGUUUUCCCUUUCGAUUCCAGCCCAUUCAAGCAGAAAGUCGGCUCUAUCGAAAAGCAGUUUGGAGCCACUGUGAUUGAAAUCUUGCAGGGUUGGUCCUUCCACCUCCCAGAAGGCAUUAACGACUUCUCUGGUCUUCACUAGAGAUGGGCACAAACCAAAAUACGAACCAAAAUUAAGCAUGAACCAGGCCGGUUCAUGGUUCGCGAACCGUGGUUCAUGAGAUCCCAUUUCUGACGAACCACCACGAACUUUAGGCUGGUUCGUUUGGUUUGUUUUUUGGUUUAUGACUGCAGACAGCCUGGUGCCAGUCAAUCAGUUUGCUAGGCAACAGGGAAUGGACUUCCUGCAGACCUUCUGCUGACCCGGAAGCGACGAUUUUCUGACCCGGAUAUGAUGUUUUCGCAAACUGGUUCACGAACCAGGGGCAGGUUUGUGAAAUUUGAUGAACCAUGAACCACAUGGUUUGUUUUUUUUCCGGUUCGUGCCCAUCUCUAGUCUUAAUUUCAGGGUCCAAGAACAGAGUAGAGCCUGCCCAGUUGUGUCUCACCCUCUGUUAAAUAGAACGUGGUAUGCUAUCUGUGGGUUUGUGGCCUCUUGUGAGACAUCCAGGGCCUCAGACAGCCACAGUAACAUCGUUGUGGCCCCAGCUGGCCCCUGAGUCCUCUUCUACUGCUCUGCUGUGAUCCAUUUGAAGUAUAGGUUGCGACUCUUACAGUGCAAUCCUAAACAGAGUUAUUCGAAGUAAUGCUGCUUAGGCUUGCGUUGUUAGGGAAUCUUCCUUCCAUCCUGCUGACACCUCGCUCUCUCUCUUCUCCAUCUUCCACCAUGAGAGCAGAACAUGCUUCUUGCAUCUCUCUCCAUCCUAGUGUAGUGAGCUAGAUUUGAAUGCUCUUUCUACUCUAUCCUACCCAGACUGGAGUUUCUUUAAAUAAAAGAUUCUUAUCUCUUUACUAAAGAUCAAACAGGCUCCAUGUGGUUCUUUGUUCCGCAGCAGCCACUCUGUAAUAAAAAGACAUGUCUAUCUCACCCCCACUUAAAAUGCUAAUUACAAUGUGGUGAGCCCUGUUUCAAUUUACAAAACCAAGCAGAAGUAUAAAGGUCAUGUCUCGUCAUCUCCCCCUUCGUGUGUGGCUUUAAUCUGAAUCAUUGCUGCAUGCAUGCCCAGUUUAUCUUUUGUAGACAAACAGAGAUCUGUAAUCUUUGUCACAUCAGUCUGGAGUGCAGGAGCCUGCAUCCCCAACCCUGGACACAUUAAAAUCUAUUUUGUUUCAUGAAAUUUUGGUGAGCGGUAGCUUGAUGUUGUUUUGUUUCCACCUGCUUUCAUCUAAUUCUGCUUCUGUUUUAUUGUUUCAGUGUUUGUGCUUAUUUUACAUCUCAACCAAAUUAAAACAAAAUUUAUUGUAAUACUGAA